ACUGCAUAUUAUGCCUCCGGCCGUUUCUCCAAGUUUUCUUCCCAUUUGUCCAAGCCAAUGGCAAAGCAGCACAGCACUCCGAAAGAUGGCGAAGAAGCAGGCUUGGAGCUCGAAUUUCUCGCCACGUAUAUUUUUCCUUCUCCUCAAAGCAGCUCUCCAUUUCAUUUUCCAACCCUAACUCUGCCUUCUCUUCCCGCAAGAAGAAUCAAGGUUCUGCUUCCGGGAUUCAUAUAUGUUCGGAUUAUUACUGGAGGAAUCUUGUAGACUUCGGCUUCAAUUUAGCGUCUUCUUUCAAUCUGGUUAAAUGAUAAAAAAGCAGCCAACAAAGCAUUUUUUAAAAAGUUGUUUGGAUGAAACAACUUCACAGCUUUUUCUUCAUUUUCUCAAAAUUUGAUUUAAAAGAGCUGUUUUUUGAGAAAUUAGAAUAGAAACUUUGCUCGAAAAGCAGGCUUUAAAAUGUUCUGAUAGAAAAAGCAGAAAUUUUUAAGCCAUACCAAACGAGCCGUUCUCACAAAAGGAUUCUCUGUUCCACAUAUCAGCAAUGGAAAAACUACGACAAAUUGGGGAAGCCAUAGGAAGUCUAAGAGCUUUCAUGGCGUUCCGAGAAGAGAUACAGAUUAACCGAAGGCAGUGCUGCUUGCUCUUUGAUGCUUUCAGCCUUGCCUUCGAUGUCAUUACCCAAGAGCUAAGGCAGCACCUGAGAUUUGAUGAAAAUCAAACAAAUUGGCAUGCACUUGAAAACCCAAUGAAGGAACUCCACAAGGUGAUCAAAGAGGGUGAGUACUAUGUUAAGCAAUGCUUAGAACCUAAAGACUGGUGGGCAAAGGCCAUUAGCCUUAACUUGAAUACAGACUGUGUUGAAUUCCACCUGCACAACUUGUUGUGGUGCUUCACUGUUGUUCUUGAAGCCAUUGAGAAUGCAGGAGAAAUUAGCGGCCAAGACCUUGAAACCAUUCAGCUGAAAAGAAUUGUACUCUUAAAGAAGUACGAGCAUGCGUGGAUGGAACGAAAGCUCUUCUUUCAUCGCUUCGCGGAGCAUUACUUACUUUCUCAGGAGAUGUGCAAUUCAUUUAGCAGUGUUUGGAAGGAAGACAGGUGGUUACUCACUGAGCUAAUAUCUGAGAAGAAGAUCUCAAUGACAUUAACAAAGCAUGAAAGCCAGCUUGCUGAGCUUGUAUUGGCUCCAAGAGAUGAGUUGCAUUCCACCUCGGUACUUGCGGGAUCAAAGGACUUCCAAGUGAGGAGAAGAUUAGGCGAUGGGGGGCAGUAUAAGGAGGUGCAAUGGAUGGGUGAAUCAUUCGCUCUUCGUCACUGCUUUUGUGAUUCCAAUUCCAUGUCUGCUGAGAUCUCUCUUCUUACAUCAGUCAUGCACCCCAAUGUUUUGAACUAUAUGUAUGUUUUCUCAGAUGAUGAGAGGAAGGAGCAUUUUGUUCUUAUGGAGCUCAUGAACAAGGACCUGGGUAGAUACAUAAAGGAAAUUAGCUCUGCAAGAAGAAGAGUUCCCUUCCCUCUACUUGUUGCAGUAGACAUUAUGAUUCAAAUUGCAAGAGGCAUGGAGUAUUUGCAUUCAAAGAAGCUGUAUCAUGGAGAUCUAAACCCGUCAAAUAUUCUGGUGAGGUCAAGAAGCCACUCAUCAGAUGGCUACUUGCAUGUUAAAAUUACUGGAUUCGGGCAAUCAGGCACUAAAAGCUGGAAGCAAUCAUCGCAAUCAUCAAACCAAACAGAUAAGUAUCAUUGCAUUUGGUAUGCACCUGAGGUACUGGCAGAACAAGAACGGUCGCCGCGCUCGCAAUCUGCAAAGUUCACAGAGAAGGCUGAUGUUUACAGCUUUGCAAUGAUUUGUUUUGAGCUGCUAGCCGGAAAAAUCCCAUUUGAGGAUGAUCACCUGCAAGGGGAUAGGAUGAGCAGGAACAUAAGAGCAGGAGAGAGGCCAUUGUUCCCUUCUCAAUCUCCAAAGUACCUCACCAAUCUAACCAAGAAAUGCUGGCAUGACGAUCCAUCGCAGCGACCAAGCUUUUCAUCCAUAUGUCGUGUGCUUCGUUACACAAAAAGGUUCCUCAUCAUGCACCCAGAUCACAACCAGCCAGACUUGCCAAGUCCCCCUGCCGAUUACCUCGAUAUCGAAAUGUGCCUAUUAAAUAAAUUCAAGGUGUGGACGACUGUAGAAGCAUCAAAGGUUUCAGAGAUCCCAUUCCAGAUGUUUUGUUACAGAGUUUUGGAGAGGGAGAGGGAUAAGACCAGUAUGAACCAAACGGAGAGGUGCUUAGAUUCAGAAAGUGACCAAACAUCUGUUUGUGGAGAUGAGAUUGGACUGCAAAUGAUGGUUCAGGGGAAGGCUUUCUCUAACUCUGGUGCUCUACCAAGAUCGCAAUCUCAACCAGAAAUUCUUAAGAAGUUAUCUGGGAAGCUGGAUAUGAAGGCCAGCAAGCUAUCAGCACAGAAGAAGAAAGCGAAAGCAACAAAUCAACCUCAACUUCUGAUUCGUGAACAUCAUCUUAGGAAAAAUUCUGGAAGUCCGUUGGAUCCAGCAAUGAGCCCCUCUCCAAGAAGCUUACGAGGCCAUGAAUCAGAUUCUGGCAGAGCUUCAAAUAAGUAUUUUUCUUCUAUCUAACAAACUUGCAGCAAAAGUGAAUUCUGAUAGAGCUCUUUGCUGCCACAAUCUCUCUAUUUUUCUGAUCCUUACCAGAAUUUUAUUUCCUCUUAGUCCUAUUUCUCCUUUCACUUUUGACCAACAGACACUGAAGCAUUUAGUUUUUGCUUUUCAUAAAUGGAGGACUUUCCUGUCUCCAAUCUGGCUUUACUUAGUAUUUUUUUCAGCUUUUUAAUAUAUUUGAGCUUCUGCAACAUAUGACGGAUUACAGGCUCACAGUAGAAUCAUCUUGUCAGUGUUAUAAUAAUGAUUCAAUUAUCAGAUUUGCUUAAUAUUUAGUAUUA